AUGCAAUUGGUUAACUUCAUUGCAUCUGAUGGGGAUGAAUUACACCUCGAAGAUGGAAGACAGAGAGAACUUGGUUUUACUUUCUCAUUCUCAGUUAGACAAUCUUCAAUUUCAGCUGGUGUGCUGUCUAAACGGACCAAGGGUUUCUCAAUCGAUGAGACCGUAAACGACUCGAUUGGGACUCUGGCUGGUGCAAGAUACUACGAUGAAGAUGUUAUUAUUGCUGUCAUACUCGGCACUGGAACUAAUGCAGCAUAUGUAGAGAGUUCAAAUGCAAUGCCCAAGUGGCAUGGCAUCCAACCAACCUCAGGGGAGAUGGGCAAUUUCCAGUCAUGCCAUCUUCCUCUGACAGAGUAUGACCGAGCAUUGGAUUGUGAAAGCAUGAACCCUGGUGAACAGAUAUUUGAGAAGUUGAUUUCAGGGAUUCCUAACAUAAUCAACUUCAAGCCUAAAGAUUUGGAAGGAGUAGAGGCUCCUCAUGAAGACACCUUGGAAAUCCACGCUCUCAAAGCCAACUAUAAUAUGAAGAGGGUAUUUGUAGCAAAGUCUUUGGUGGGGGUGGAGGUGGUAGCAUUGCCAGAGGCUGCCACUGAGUCGGUGUCAGAUGUUGAGCCAGAGAUCGAUAUGAGGGCUACAACUGAUACUGGACCGGUGGCUAGGGCAGUGACUGGUACUGAACCAGUGGCUGGGGCUGCAUUUGAUAUUUCCCCUGCGUCAGAUGCUAAGGUCCCGAAAUCGGACUCUGUGAUACCAUAA